GCUGGAACCCAAGGCCUUACCCAUGCUUGCAGGCGCUCUGCCCCUGGGCUACAUCCCAGCCUCCAAGGUUGGAGUCUUGAGUUCAAACUCCACAGGGCAGCGUUCUGGAAACCCAGCAACCAGCGGAGGCCUGGCCCGGGCGCCUCGGAAAACGCCAGCAAGACUGAACCGUUGGCAGCUGGCAGCGCGCAGGCCUGACUCACCCUCGGGGGAAGGCGCUGCGUCAGCACAGAGGCUCAGGGCGCUGCUUGCUCUCAAGAGGACCUGUGCAGACUCCACGGGAUGCAUCAGGCCGUGCGACGGGUUCUGCACCCUCCACACGCUUCCCUGCAGGCUCGACCUCCCAGAGUGCAGGGACCACAGCUCGCCCAGAACCAGCUGCUGUUGUCCAUUGGAGCGCAGUGGACCAGGCUUGAGGGUGGAGUCAGAUGCUGCCCGCGUCCUGGCCUCCCUGAGAGCGGAUGGGAGGAGAGACAGGAGCCACCACCGAGGCAAGGACCCUAAGGGCACAGUGGGGCUCUGCCAGAGCUCUUCCUGCCGCAGAAAUUUCCCCCUCACAGUCUGGGGAGGCUGUCGCUUUGGAAUCACAGAGAAUAACAAUGAAAGAGAGACUCGCUACCGGAAGCGCCACCCCGUGCUGACCAGCUGGGCUGUCGCUGAGAUGGAGGCUGGCGUGGAAGGACCCGAGGAAAGGCUGCACGCUGGGAUGCGCCCCUGGGGCCCAAGGCGCCUCUGCUUGCGGCUCUGUCAGCUGGCCUGGCGGGGGGCAGACACCGGACCGGACACUGCCGAGUCCGCGGCCUCGUGCCCGGGACUUAGCGGGCUGAUGCGACAUUUACUGACCUAGUGGCUGCAGUGGGGGCCGGUGACACAGCAGCCAGUGGAACACUGAGCACUCCCAGAGCGGCUCCACUUCCCUCUGCAAGCUGAAGGUGGCCUUUGUACCCAGAAAGACACGUACUGUAAGAGCAACAGUGGCCCUUGCUGCUCAAAAUGUGGC